UCGCGAUCUUGGGACUGCUCUCUCGGACCCACAGAUCCCGCGCGCAGAUCGCGUCCCGCUCUCCACCUGCGGAGCAUCUCCGUGCGCAUCGCACGCCCGGGAGUUGGCGCAGGGCCACUUGGCAGCUGGAGAGGUGUGGACCUUCAGUCCAGGAAACUCAAGCGAGCGUGGCCGAGCAUCCUGGGAAGCCCGGCGAUCCACUGCGCCGGGGGCGGCCCGGGGGCGGCGGGAUGAGUUUGCAAGCCGGCUGAGUGCACCGAGGACCUGGCCCUGUCACCGUGGGGACAUGGCAUUGCGGCUCUGGAGAAGACUGCGUGGUAGCAGGCGAUCAGUGGUGGCAUUCUGCCUCUUGAUGACCCUGUCUGCAGUGGUUGUCACCCGCUUCCCUGCUGAGCAUCCAGCUGCUGGCCCAGACCCUGGUCCCAGGAAGCCCUGGGGAGAAACUGGAACGCCUGAUCUCCCCAUCUUGCAGGCUCUGAGCUCCAGCCAGAGGCAGCAGACAAGAGACCUGGGGAUCUGGAGAGGCCAGGCUUUACCCAGAAAUUCCAUCAUGGUCUGUGCUGAGAAACAAGGGCGAGUGAACAGAAGCAGGAGGUUCCCAGGAGGGGACAGCAGGCGUCAAGGAAGGGUCAGGAGGGACGUGACUUUGGCAAGAGAUCCGAGACCCAGUACCCAGCAUCUGGUGCUCCUGAGAGAAGAUGAGGUCAGCGAUCCAGGAGCCGGAGCUCUGGGCCACCCUGGGCAUCGUGAUCCCAUCCAAGAGACACAAAGUGACAUGGGCAACCUGGUCAGCCGGCUGACUGGGAAUGACAGGGCAACUUGGAGAGCUACUGCUAGACUCACCCUUUGGCCCCAUCCAGUGGGAGCCAAGAACAGAGUCUUAGCUGGAGAACAAACAGGGGACCCCACCCCAGCCUCAGGAUCACAUUGGUGGCCUGGCUCCAUUGGGGAACUGCAGAAGUCCAUAUGGUGUGACAUCGAGACCCCUGGGCUAUCAGCCAGCUCAAUGACUGGGGGGCAGGUUCCCCCAUGGCUCACAGAGCAUGAUGUGAGGACCCUUCGGCUGUUGGCCCAGGGUGAAGUUGUGGGCAAAGCCAGGGUCCCCGCCCAUGGGCAGGUGCUGCAGGUCGGCUUCUCUCCUGAAGAGGUCCUUCAGGAUCCGUCUCCUCCCACACUCAGCCAACUCUGCUCCCGGGGGCUGUGUGGCCUGAUCAAGAGGCCUGGGGACCUGGCUGAGGUCCUGGCAUUCCAUGUGGACCGUGUGCUGGGACUGCACCGGAGCCUGCCUGCCGUGGCUCGUCACUUUCACAGCCCCCUGCUGCCCUACCGCUACACGGAUGGUGGCGCCAGGCCUGUCAUCUGGUGGGCACCUGAUGUGCAGCACCUGGGUGACCCGGAUGAAGACCAGAACUCUGUGGCCUUGAGCUGGCUGCAGUACCAGACCUUGCUGGCACAUGGCUGCCGCUGGCCAGGCCAGGCAUCAUGCCUGGGCAUCCACCACGCUGAGUGGGCACGCCUGGCACUCUUCGACUUCCUGCUGCAGGUUCAUGACCGCCUGGACCGCUACUGCUGUGGCUUCGAGCCUGAGCCCUCAGACCCCUGUGUGGAAGAGAGGCUCCGAGAGAAAUGCCGGAACCCCGCCGAGCUGCGGCUGGUUCACAUCCUGGUCCGGAGCAGCAAUCCGUCUCACCUGGUCUACAUUGACAAUGCUGGUCACCUUCAGCACCCUGAAGACAAGCUCGACUUCCGGCUGCUGGAAGGCAUAAAUGGGUUUCCUGCAUCGGCUGUGCGGGUUCUCGCAUCAGGGUGUCUACAGAAUCUUCUGCUCAAGUCGCUGCAGAUGGACCCGGUGUUCUGGGAGAGCCAAGGUGGCACCCAGGGGCUGAAGCAGGUCCUCCAGACCCUGGAGCAGCGAGGUCAGGUCCUGCUGGGGCACAUCCAGAAGCACAACCUCACACUCUUCAGAGAUGAGGACCCAUGAGCUCACCACUGCCCAGGCAGGGCCUGUUGUACUGGUAGACCUUCCAUGACACAACCCUGAGAUGAUGAGCAUCCAUCCCAUGGCCAUGUGUCCUUGGGCUCUCCACAAUGCACAAUGACAAGCUGGAAAAGCCAGAGACCAGACGGGCACAUGGACG